GCGAGCACGGUUUCGGCGGAAUCCGAGUGAAGUUGAAUCAGGGGUGUAGCCUACUCGAGAAGCGCUUUAACAGGGAAAAUUUUUCCAUUAGUAGUGUGUGUGCAGUGAGUGAAUUUGAUGUGCAGCGAAAAUACACCGAAACGGAAAACACAUUCUGACUUAAAACUUUUAAAUCUAAAUUAACGAGUGUGGAAGUUAACUCAAACCGCAUCCUCGGGGCACUACAACCCUGCACACCGUGUUUGCAGCAAACGGUACGAGAGAGCAGGACGACAGCGCCAGCGUGCGGUGAAAGAGUGAACUACUAAACGCUUUGAGUUGGUUUUCUAAAGCGAGAGAGGGAGAGAGUGAUUGAAACCGACGCCCGAGUGAGCGAGGGAAAACUAAAUUUGAACAUGGCGACGAAUGAAAAACGAAAUCCAGUAUCGUGGCCAAUAGUUUUGAUCAUUUUAAGUGAAUGCUUAUAAGAAGCUCAUGCGGUAAUUGACUAUUUUCGGUUGAGAAAAGUUUCAGUAAUCGAUAAAGUACAAAAUGUCUCUAGAAAGUGGUAUUGAACAAGUAGAAAGUGUGCAUUUUUUGCGGCACCCCGACGAUGUCGGCCUUCUCGACCACCCGAACGCGACGAAGGCUGGCCCCGAAGCAGUCCCGAUUGCCGACGACGGUGGCACGAGUACCACACCGGCGAUAGCCGCGCCGCCAGCAACCGCCACCUCUGAUGGUGGCGCUAGUGAAGGUCCGUUGAACGAUCUUCAAACGGUGCCCGCUGCUGCUGCGGUGGAUCCUAACCGUGCAGUUGCAGCAGUUCAAACGGAGAGCGAACGGUUGGCAGGCCCGAAUAACAGCAGCAACGUGCGCAAUAAAGGCAACAAUGGCAACAACAACAACGCUGGUGCGACCGGCACCAUCAAGCGCAAGAGACGCCGCGGAAAAUCGAAGCGCGGUAAAUCGUGCCCGACCCAGCCGUACAGCAAGACUACGCAAUGGAAGUACCACAGCGGUAACUUCAAACGGCGCCAGGAGUACCUGCUGGCGACUGCGCGACGAAACACGCCGUUCCUGCAGUCGGAUCAGCCCCCGCUAGUGCCAUACAACACUAAUCGCUUCCUGAUGGAAGAUCACAUGCCGCAAGUGCUAACGCCCUCAGGUAGAACGCGCGAUUCAAGUUUGUCGAUAGAUUCAGAAGAAAAUUAUUUUUACUCACUACCAGAGGACGAAGAGGAUUUCCUCACCAAGGAUUUCGCGGUCGUGUACGAAAAGGAGCGUUGCGAGCAGCUCGAAAGCCUGAGCCAUCCGGAGCUCAUACAGGAGUACAUAAAGUUGCUGCUCGAUCAUGAGCAGGUAACACGGCGCCUCAACGCACUAAGUGCCAGUAGUUCCGCUUCCGCCAAGAGCACAGCGAACAACAGUGGUGGCAGAGGCGAUGAGCCAAUGGCUGGCGAGGCGGCUGAUGCAGACCGUGAAAAUGACAACGGGUGCGGCAGUGGUGGCAUUUCCAAAGAAAAACGUCUGGAGGAACGCGUUCGAGAGCUUACGGUAGAGAACUUCGAACUACGUCGGCAACUGGAGCACACCAACCGCAUGGUGCUUUCUGCCAAAUCUUCACCUCGCUACGGAGCACCUACAUCAUCAGCAUUCCUAGGAACGGUCGGCUUAGACCAGCGGAUGGAUGGCGGCGGAGGAGAACAUCGACGCAUUGAUGACAGCACCAGCGAGGACAGUGAAUCCGACAGUUCCAGUACGAGCACCAACAGUGGCAAAAGCAAAAGUAGUAGCAGUAGCUCCAGUAGUAGUAGCAGUGCCAGUAGCAUGAGCGACGCAGAAGCCGACGAACCCAUGGCUGCGGCAGAAGAUCCAUCUUCAGGGGAUGCGCCAUACGGUCACAUGAACGGGAGGGUACAUCAUUCACCACUGCCUUCGCCCCGGUUGGAGGCAGAUUCACCGAUGGCGAAUGGAGCUGAUCUGAGCGAAGAUGACGAGGCAUAUCUGCCGCUUUCCCCGCGACCACCGUUAGCUGUGGAAUGAUAAGCGACGAGGGCCACAAGUAUGCUUUUUAAGACGAUGGCAGAAUAUGUUUGCGUUUGAAUGUACUACUACUACUACUAUUCAUAUCAGUUUAGGUUGACGGAUUUUGGAUGAUCGAAUUAUGAUAGGUUUCUAUCUGCAUCGUCGUGUGAACAUGUUACUAUCAAAGAACCUAUCGGUCAACAUUACCAAAAAAAGAAGAUGGAAAGAAAAACUCUCAAUAUUUGAGAGCGAUGGACGCGCUGCUACGGUUUUCGAGAAUCACACGAACCUACGGGAAAGGUGGUUUGACUUGUAAUUGAAUUUGAAAGAUGUGGUUCCUCAUCUCUUGCUUUUAUUGUAAAUUAAUCGUUAACAUUUUUAUCGUUUCGUGCAACUGAGAAUAGGCAUGUUAACGAAGCAGAAACAUGAAAAGGAGAACGGAUUGAGCAGCAGAAAGGAUUGAUUUUUUUUUGUUAAACAAAAUUUGUUUCUGCUUUAGUUCCUUAAGUAUUAAGUUCGAGGAAUACGUUUGAGAAAAUAAACUACACCUAAACCGGAUCAAAACUGAGUUAC